ACGUAGAUAUACAUAUAGGCUUUUAUGUGCUCAUGAAAUUUGAUUUUUUGUUGAAACAAUUUGUGGGUUUUUUCUGGGAAACGUCGGGUUAGAGGUGGGGACUGAGGAAUAUAUUACAUAUGGUUUUUCAGUGACUGAAGAACUUGAGAAUUUUGAGUUGCAGAAAUGAAGUGCGUGGAGGCGACAGCUUUGAAGCCAAGUUUACGAGGGGAGCUUGCCAUGAAAUCGACCCAACAAGGUGCUGUUGAUGACAUAUGGUGCUUUAAUGGAGCAAACGGUGUUUCUUCAGGUGAAGAUUUCCCCGUAGAAUGCUUCCUUGAUUUCUCUAACGGGGAAUUUGGAGAUGGGUGUUUUUUGGAAGAAGAGGAAGAGGAAGAAGAAGAAGAAGAAGAAGAAGAAGAAAAAGACCGGCUCUCUGUUUCUUCUUCUCAAGAUGAUAAUAACUCCAACUCUUGCAGUCAUUCUUCUGAUUCUUUCCUCACAAGCGAACUCGCUGUACCGGACGAUGAUAUUGCAGGGCUUGAAUGGGUUUCUCACUUUGUGGACGAUUCUUUAUCGGACCUAUCCCUAUUAUUCCCCGCCGGGAAGGUAAAAUCAGAGAACAAGGGAAAACGCCGGUGUGACCCGGUCGGACCGCUGCUGGUGAAGACUUCAGUUUUUGCUUUGCCUGUUCCGGUCAAAGCAAGAAGCAAGAGGACCCGACCCGAAAACACUGGUAGAGUCUGGCCUCUCGGCUCACUUUCAUCCACGGAGCUAUCAACCACAUCCUCAUCUUCCUGUUCAACAUCUGGUUUCAACUCCGUCAUACAAAGAACAGAGGGACAACCGGCUGAGAAGAGACCGAAGAAGAAAGCAGCAGGUCAACCCGGUGGGUUAACGG